AUGUCACCACUCGAAGGCGAACUCACAUUUACGUCUAGUGACCAAUCUACCGCUGUAGUGGAAGGAUCAAAGAGAAAACAACAAGUUCAGCAACCCCGUCAACUUCUUUCAUGUACCAAAUGUCGAGAGCGAAAGGUCAAGGCAAGUCUCCAAAGAGUUCUCUGGGUCGACCCAAUUUGGCACCCUUUUCCCAGAUCGUGUGACCGUACCAAGCCAUGUUCAGCAUGUUGCGCCCGAGGUGCACCCAAAGAUUGCCAUUUCAUUGCUGAGGGCGGGGAUUAUGCGCCCAUUCAACAGUCAUACGAGCUGCGCAAACUGCGCGCAGAGAAUCUUCGUCUCAAGGAUCGAUUACGAGCUUACAGAAUAUCAAUCGACGACGAAGACUCCGACUAUGCAGCAUCUCCGGAAUCUCAGCUGGGAGAGAGGCCCGGUCCCUUGCAAAGGCGCCGUACAGGGAAGCAGAAACGCUUUCAGGGUAUUGAAUGGCAGGACAGCAUCUACUUUGGCUCGCCGGCUCUAAAUAGUGUAAUGAGCGAUUUCGCCUCGACCAAUGUGGACGCUGCGGUCACAUUGGCCUAUCUGAUGCCUCGCGGCCCUGGUAUACAUAUGCCGAGAACCCCCCGGACCUAUCCUUUCGCAACGCUGUUCAAAGCCAAUCCAGAUGAGUGUAUUCCCCAGUUGCUCAGCUGUCUCCCGGCAGAAGAGGGAGAGCUAUCUGGCUACUUGGAUGCUUUCGACAGUCGUGUCAAUCUAUGUUCGUAUCCUCAGGUGCCUGUUGAGAUCAAUCGCAACGAAUUUGAGCGUUUUCUUUCUCACGCGAGAAGAAACGCGCAAAUGUGUCCUGAUAUGCUUGCUCUGCUUUUCGCGGCCAUCGCGUUGGGCGCUCAGCACUCCGUCUGGGACAAGUCCGGUGAGCAGUGGAAUGCUGAGAUAAUGCAAAAAGAGACAGGCAAGGGCGAUGUCUACAUUGCAGCAGCAAUGCAAGCUUUGCGCCUGGCUUCCUUCCUGCAUAAACCGUCUGUUCUGGGUAUCCAAGCCCUCAUUUUGAUCGGCCCUUACCUGACGAACAGUGGUCGCUUUCUAGAUGCUUGGACAUUGUUUGGUACCACUAUUCGGUUAGCACACUCUAUCGGUCUUCAUCGCCAUCCAAAGUAUCUUAAUCCUGCACCUCCGACGCAGAAAGACUGUUCUAUACGACAAAGACUAUGGUGGUGGAUGCUACGCAUGGACGAACAAUACUCGAUGACUUUGGGCCGUCCACUCGGCAUCAGUGGCCUCGGGGAUUGUUCAUGGCCACAGGAACUGACUACCGAUCCCAUUAUGCUGAGAUUUGGCGAUUUUGUGAAUCGCUUCACAGUCAUAGCUAGACGCAUACUCAGCAGCGAUCGAUUGACAAACAACCGAAUAGAUGAGUUUACAGACGAACUCAGGAACCUUUUGGAUACGAUACCAGAGACGCUGCAAUACCAGGAGUCCUGGAACCAACCGGAGGCCGAUGCCCCUGAAUGGCCACUUCGUGCCACCGCUGCCAUGUAUCAUUGCAAGACGUACACCUAUCUCAUCUUGCUCAAUCGGCAAAGGGUGGAAAAGCAAUCCACAUUUGGACAUGUGCCAGGUGCGCGCGACCCCGCUUCAUCAUUCCAGGCUAUCAAUACGACGCCUUCGUCUCAUCCUUCGCCAACAGCUUUAGCGCAAGCCUCACCCAGAGGCCGAUCUUUGGUACUAUCUUCCUCCGAAGAUGUCAUUUCUGCAUUCAUGUUCUUCUAUCACAAGGAGCCUGCAGCGUUGAUUGAUUGGACGUUAGGUCAGCAGGCUUUCAACAGUGCUAUGCUCCUCUUAUACGACGCCAUCGAGACUAGGACUGUCACUACCGGUGCUCGCAAAGCGGAGCAAGUAUUUGUCGUCUUCAAAGAAUUAGACGAUAACAGUGUGCACGAGCUUGCCGGUCAAGCUGUGGAUAGGAUCAGUUGGGGACUGGCAGAGUUGCACAAAAUGCUGUCCUUAUCAUCAACCAGCAGCGCGAGACCUUACAGUCAGCAGGGAGUCACGGAAAAGCCAAAAGGAAAAGAUAAGGGCACCUUCACAUCUGGCUCGACAGACACAGUCAUGGGCAAUACCGGCAUGCUGCUCUUGGAGGAUACAGGUUUGCAGGCGUUUGUACAGGAGCCAUACGCUCCCAUUACGUGGAACCUCUCUGAAACCUUAGAUCAUCCCAUGAAGGCGCGAGAGCAUCUUUUUCCUGCAUCGGUUAGUCCCAUGAGGGAUGAUAGCGCUAGCGAGGAGUUCCACGUUGUUCGAUCUCCGGGUGACAUGCAGAGCACGCGGGGAUCGACAACUAUGGGAUCAGCGGGGGCAAGAUACACGACCUCAAGUCUUGCAAAGCCACCAAGUUGUACGAGACCGGCUUCUCCUACGCAUCCUGCGUCACACCAUCAACAUGCUUACAAGGACGACGCAUCAAGCCUUCAUGGACAGCAGCAGCACGGCGUGCGCGUCCACGGCAAUGUGCCUCACCAUUUCACUUCGCACCUGCAGGGUGUUGCUUCGGGUCUGGAGUUCCAACAUCAUGCUCAGUACUCACAAUCGAGGCAAGAUUCGUGUCCGACGCUUCCGCAAGAAGAGAGUGAUGUCCCACGGAUGCGACCAAUCUAUUCGUCGUCGAGCACUGUGAGCAGACAAACCAGAGCGCAUCCAAGGCAUGUUCCGAUAUGUAGAGGUUCCACUUCAGGCCUGUACGGCUCAGAUAGAGCGUCCUUCCCCGCACAGCUCGAGACGGACCCCCAGCACAUGAGCUACCCUUUCGGGACUCUGGUUACCAGCGCAGCACCGUCUUCGUUGACACCCCUUGCAGAAGAUAUGAGUAUGGAUGAUUGGAGGCAAUACAUAGGCAACACCGGGACUAGUUAG